CAUUCUCACCAUCUCCGAUUAUCAUUCCAAAUUGAACAAAAAAUGGCGUCUUCUCUAUCCACAUUUCACCCCCCAAUUCCCUCCAAUCAAAACCAAACCCACAAUCUAUCAUCUUCCUUCUUAUCAUCCCCUUCAUCAAUCCCUUUAUCCUCCAAUUCCAACAUUUUUCUACAAUUCCGUUGCAAUCACAAGCAAUCAUGCCCUGCAAUUCUCAGACCUCUCACUGUCAAAUCCAUGGCUCCUCCUAAACCCGGUGCAAAAGCCAAAAAGGUGACUGGAAUGAUUAAGUUGGCACUUGAAGCGGGUAAGGCGACACCGGCACCGCCAGUUGGGCCGGCGUUGGGUUCAAAGGGAGUGAAUAUUAUGGCUUUUUGUAAGGAUUAUAAUGCUAGGACUGCUGAUAAAGCUGGUUAUAUUAUUCCUGUUGAAAUUACUGUCUAUGAUGAUAAAAGCUUUACGUUUGUGUUGAAGACGCCUCCUGCUUCAGUCUUGCUUCUUAAAGCUGCAGGAGCGGAUAAAGGUUCCAAAGACCCGCAAAGGGAAAAGGUGGGGAAAAUUACGAUUGAACAGUUACGUGUAAUUGCAAAUGAAAAACUGCCAGAUUUAAACUGCACAACCAUCGAAUCAGCGAUGAGAAUCAUAGCAGGCACUGCUGCUAAUAUGGGCAUCGAUAUCGAUCCUCCAGUUCUUGAACGCAAAGUCAAACAAAUCCUCUAAUUUUUUUUUUCUUGACGCCUUGAUACAGGUGUGAGUAAUGCAGCAAAUAUCUGGAAUGCAAAUAUAAUGUGUAUUUUGUUGUCUUAUUUCUAUUGAUAUUACAUUUUGGUAUGAAUAUAGAGAUGUUUGUCCAAAAGCAAAGGACCAAUAAUUGUUUAUAUUUUUAUUAUUAUUAUUAUUUUUCCUUCCAUGUUA